AUGAUUAAACGAGCACUCUGUGUUCUUCCAACAAAUCGAUUUGCCAACAAUUCUUCGUCUUUCAGUUCUUUCAUCAACAAAAGCAACAACAGGUUUUUCUCUCGUUGUCUCUUAUCAAGAAAAGAUGACGAGGAAGACAACACUAAAACACCGAAUCUUUCAUAUUCCGAACAAAUAACCAAGCACAUAGUGGAACGUUAUAAGAACAUUUUAGAAAACCAAGAGGACAAGAGUAGAUUUGAUAAAAUACGAGAGGAAUUAGAAUCCGAGGAAAAUCAAACGAGUAUUCAAAAUAUAAUUCGUAAUGUUAGAUUGAAUCUGGUUGAGGAACCAUCGGAAGAAAUUAAAAAAGCACAGGAAGACAAAAUGGAUGAAAGACGAAGACAACAGUUUGAAGAGAGAAAACGAGCAGAAAUCGAAAGAAGAAAAACGCAGGAAAAGAAAAGAAAGAGCCAAUCAACAAAAUUGAGUACAAAGUUGUUGAACGAGGUUGAAUAA